AUUGUCGUCGUGAGGUUACAUUUCAACAGACUGAAAAUGAUAGCUUUUUAUUACAGGCGAGGACUAUUUUGCGACAAGUGCCAAUCAUUUUACGGCAGUGAGUGUUGCGAGAGCGCCGCCUGCUGGAGGGAACAGCACAGGAAACACACAUUAGCCUUAUUAGCAGCACUGACCUGCUCUACAGCAGAACAGAACUAUAACUAACAUUCAGCUCAAGCGCUUCAUACACACGGAAUAAAGUCUGGUGCUCAGACCGAUCCGAUGGCGUCCGUGAGUUUGUUUGGAGCUUUAAAGCGGUUUGUGAGCAGAAACGUGAAGAUCAGGAGGAUGAAUGAGCGCAUUUGGACCGAUCGAAUCAGAACUGCAAACAGAAAAGCUUCGUUUCUCGUGGCUGUGACUCCACUGUCAUUCCUGAUCUAUGAGAGAGUCGCUCAUUUCUCUUCGGUUCGAGCGCUGGACUCAGCUCAAGAAGUUUUAGAACAAGCAGAUUAUCUGUACAGCUGCGGAGAGACACAGAAACUCCACCAGCUCCUGGUGCGCCACAAAGACAGGUAAAACUAACCCGAGAGAGUGUUUAGACAGGU